UUUAUUUCAAGCUUUUCAAAGAAUAGCUAACGUUUUUCUUUGGGUAACGUUAGCUUAUUUGGGGUAUUCCCACACCAGGUUGGAGGUCGAUACCUACAGGAAUAUGCUCAGGAAUACAACGUUUUUGUUACUCUGAAGAAGUGAAAGGAUUUUUACGAAGCUGAAUUUAACCUGGACCCCCCCCUCCCAAACUUUACUUCGUACUUGGUGUCGAUAUGGCUUGGAUUAAAUGGGGCCUCUUAUUUUCCUUCGGUUUGUUGCUCUCCCCGGUAUUUGUGUCAGCGGAGCAACAGCAGCACCAGCACCAGCAGGGCCAGAGCGGUUUCAGAAGGCUGUACGUGCUCCAGCCGGGGCCGGGGUCGGCCGGAGCGGACGGCGGGGUGCGAGUCAGCUCCAUCUCGACGCGUCGUGGCGCGGCGGGGCAGCCGCACACGUACAACGUUGAGCUCACCGCCAACUUCGGCGGCCAGGUCCGGACCCGCAGGAUGGGGAACCAAGCGGCUUCAGUCCCGCCGUUCAGUCAGCCGCAGCCAGUCGUCCGGCAGAGCGCACAGGAGCAGAGCCAGCAGAAGCAGCUUAUGAAGCUGUCCGGGGUGAACGUCUGUGGAGGGCAGUGCUGUCACGGAUGGAGUAAAGCUCAGGGGUCGCAGCGCUGCACGAAGCCCAACUGCAUCCCUCAGUGCCAGAAUGGAGGAAUGUGCCUCAGGCCUCAGCUCUGUGUCUGCAAGCCUGGCUCAAAGGGGAAGGCAUGCGAACAGAAGACGGUGUCCACGCACCCCUUUCCAGCCCCACCAGGGAAUGAGCCCACCAAUGGGCACACCACCGGUCACACUAAUGGACGCGGCGUAGUACCCCAGCAGCCCAUACCCCAGAAAGUACCUGCUAAUGGUUAUGCUUCUGCCCCCCCACCGGCCAGCAACAUGGCUCAGAUGAAGCUAACUGUAAAGCCAGCACCACAGCUUGUGAGGCCACAUUACAUCCAACAACACAUCCAACAGCAGAUCCGGCCCAUUCACCCACUUCAGAGCCAGCAGUAUGUUAUAAAGCCCAAAACCUAUCACACGCACACCACACGCACACAGACGCACGUCCAGCCCCAACCAGAGAGGCCGAUCCCCCUAAGAGUGGAACACAACCCCUUCCGUGCGGUGGGCAACCACACAGGACGGAUCAAGGUGGUCUUCACGCCCACCAUCUGCAAAUUAACCUGCAUUGGAGGCAGAUGUCACAACAACUGUGAGCUCGGAAACACCACCACCAUCAUCAGCGAGAACGGCCACGCCACAGACACCCUGACAGCACCCAACUUCAGAGUAGUGGUGUGUCACCUUCCCUGUAUAAAUGGCGGCAAGUGCAACACCAGGGACAAGUGCCAGUGCCCUCCCAACUUUACUGGAAAGUUCUGCCAGAUGCCAGUUCACAACGGACACCAGCAGCACCAGCAGACAGCAGGCAGCUACAGCCAAACUCAGGUCCACUCCACACACACCCUGCCACUGAGCUACGGCAACGGCCAGAGUACUGUGUUCAGCCCCAGCAUCGUCAACAUCCAUAUCAAACAUCCUCCAGAGGCCUCUGUCCAGGUCCACCAGGUCUCUCAGCUGGACAACUACCACAGCAACAACGGACACCAGCUGAAAGGUUCCCAGUCAGGCUCCUCUUCGUCAACCAGCUACACCUACCGCCACACAGAGAGCAGCCAGAAGAUCCAGCACCACGGCUACAACAUAGUCUACCCCAGCCAGCAUGGCUACCAGGUUCCUCAGUACCAGCCCGUCACCUCUAAGAACACGCUGGGCCGCUGCUUCCAGGAGACCACAGGCAGUCAGUGUGGGAAGGCUCUGCCAGGUCUCACUAAGCAGGAGCAGUGCUGUGGAAUCAUGGGGACGUCCUGGGGUUUCCACAAAUGCCAAAAGUGUCCAAAGAAACCAUCUAUCCCUCUGAUCGACUGUCCUCAGGGUUACAAGAGAAUCAACGGCUCUCAUUGUCAAGAUUUGGAUGAGUGCCAGCUGCAGGGCGUGUGUCCCAACGGAAACUGUCUGAACACCGUGGGCAGCUACAGAUGCCUGUGUAAACCCGGCUACGUCCCCAACCCCACGCUCACCGCCUGCAUAUCCAACUCGCCUGCCAUCCAAGAGGAGAAGGGGGCUUGCUUCCGUUUGGUCAGCUCAGGGAGGCAGUGUUUGCACCCAGUUUCUGCCCAGCUGAGCAAACAGCUCUGCUGCUGCAGUGUGGGCAAAGCCUGGGGCCCUCGUUGUGACAAAUGCCCCCCUCCAGGAACAGCUAAGUUCAAAGAGAUCUGUCCUGGUGGAAUGGGCUACACUGUUCUACCAAAUCCACCUGUCAAUAAGCCAGUCAUCGUUUACCAGGAGCCCACUGACCUGCUACCUCCUCAUCCCCUGCCAACACCAGAGAGACCAGUGGAAGCUUUUGGGAGACCAGAGGAGAUUAUACCAGUAGCAACAACUGCACCAGAUCAGGAGCUGGUAGUUCCUGUGUUUAGUAAUAGGCCAGUAAUUGAACCUAUCCUGCUCCAGCUCUCUCCGGGUGUGUCCACUGUCAAGAUGGAGGCAGCCUACCCAGAAGUUGUUGAGAGGACCUCUCCACCUGCACCAGUGGAGAUCCUCCCCUCUAAUGCAGGCCAGGACAUUGCUCCCACCCAGUCAACUGAAGUGGAUGAGUGCCAGAUCAACCCUUAUAUUUGCGGCCAGGGGAUUUGUUAUAACACAGCUGAGGGCUACACCUGCCACUGCGAUGAGGGAUACCACCUGGAUGAUGCCCAAACCACCUGUGUAGAUAUAGAUGAGUGUCUGGAAGACCCAUCUUUGUGUUUCGGCGGUCACUGCAGGAACACAGAGGGCGGCUUCCUGUGUGUGUGUCUGAGGGGAUUCCAGGUCGACCAAGAAGGAACCAGCUGUGUUGACAUCGAUGAAUGUGUAAACAGGACAGUGUGUCCUUCUGGCAUCUGCUUCAACGUGCCGGGAACUUACAGCUGCGGCUCCUGUCCUGAUGGCUUCUUGGCACAGGGAGGCCAGUGUGUAGAUGUGGAUGAGUGCCAGGACCAGCAGGUCUGUACCAGAGGUCACUGCCUGAACACGGAAGGCUCCUUCAUCUGUCAGUGUGGGCCUGGCUUUAGAGUGUCAGCGGCUGGAGACCAGUGUGACGAUGUGGAUGAGUGUGUUGAGGAAGCGAGGCCCUGUGAGGCUGUAGGGGAGUGUGUUAACAACAUGGGCUCCUACACCUGUACCUGCCCUCGGGGAUACCAGCAGAUCAACGGCACCAGCUGCAGAGAUGUUGAUGAGUGUGUGGAGGACCCGGAGCUCUGUUCCCCCAACGGCGAGUGUCUCAACACAGAGGGAUCCUACAUGUGUGUUUGUGAGAGCGGGUUCACUGCCAACAUCGACACACCCUCCUGUGACGAUAUCGAUGAGUGCGGCCUCAAUGAGACACUGUGUGGCCCUCAAGGCUUCUGUGAGAACAGACUGGGUUCCUUCCGAUGCUUCUGUGACCAGGGCUACCAGGAGUCCCCAGAUGGCCAAGGCUGCGUUGAUGUGAAUGAAUGCGAGCUGCUGAGCACCGUGUGUGGAGAAGCUCAGUGUCAGAACGUAGAUGGUUCCUUCCUCUGUCUCUGUCCCAGCGGCCAAGACUAUAAUCCCAUGAUCGCCAAGUGUGAGCCUGUUCCCACAGCGUCGUCGGUGGAGCGGAAGGAGUGCUACUAUCAUCUCAAUGAUGAGAACCUGUGUGAGAGCGUGCUGACCAGCCACGUCACCCUGCAGGAGUGCUGCUGCACGCUGGGAGCCGGCUGGGGGGACAACUGUGAGGUUCAUCCCUGUCCUGUCAAUGGCACGGACCAGUUUAACCUGAUGUGUCCAUCUGGGAGAGGUUUUAUUCCCACUGGAGACUUGCUGUAUGGAGUACCCACUGCUGCCACCUACAAAGAUGCAGAUGAAUGUACGCUGUUCGGCAAGGAGGUGUGUAAAGGAGGCUUCUGUCUGGAUACUUUGGGCAGCUACGAGUGUUACUGCAAGACCGGACAGGACUACGACCCAGCCAAACUAGAGUGCAGAGACAUCAACGAGUGUAUGGAUGAGUCGGUGUGUGCUGGUGGACAGUGUGUGAACAUCGAUGGCUCAUACAUGUGUGUCUGUGCACAUCCCAUGACAAAGGACCCCAACAGUAACAGCUGCAUCUUCAUUCCUGUGUUUACAGAGCAACAUGAGAUGACGCAGACAGACUACCAGGGCAUCUGCUGGCAGACGGUGACAGAAACCAUGACGUGCUCCCAGCCGCUCGGUCCCGACAGGAAGACCACAUUCACUGAGUGCUGUUGUCUGUAUGGAGAGGCCUGGGGCAUGGACUGCGCCCUGUGUCCACACAGAAACACAAAUGAUUAUGCCAACAUGUGUAACCUUCCCGUGGGUGGGGGCCAGAGGCCGUACGGUCGCGACGCCCUUGCUGCUGGCCCCAUCCAUGAAUAUGAAGUGAGCCCUGACUAUUCACCGUCACCUGAGCACGAUGCUGUCAUGCCCUCUUAUGAAAACGAGGAGUAUCCAUACAGGGCGUUUGAGGGUUUGCGAGCAGAGGAAUGUGGGAUACUGAACGGCUGCGAGAACGGUCGCUGCGUCCGGGUUCAGGAGGGUUACACCUGCGACUGCUUUGAUGGAUACACCUUAGACCUGUCCCACAUGGCCUGCGUGGAUGUGAACGAGUGUUCGGAGCUGAACAAUCGGAUGUCGCUGUGUAAAAACGCACAGUGUAUCAACACAGUGGGCUCCUAUCAGUGUGUAUGUCUGCCAGGCUUCACUGCCUCCGACAAACCCAACUACUGUGUGGAGGUCGCAACACGACAAUCAUCCAGACACACACAGUGAGCAUGGACAGACACCGGUGG